AUGGACAGCCCUUCAUGCCGCACCGCGUCGUCCUCCGUUGUUGGGAGGACAGCUUUGCGAAGCGCGUUUGGGGGAAGGGCACUUGGCGGAAGCUCAACUGCGGGGCUACGCAGCUGGCGCGGGAAGAGCGGGAGCGGGGGAGCGGAGAGGUUGCGCGUGAGAGCUUUGAUGGAGGAGGAGGUGGAUGUUGAGGGGGAAAGCAUUGCAGACGACUAUUACUCUAUUCUCGGCCUGACGUGCGAUGCGACGCCCGAGGAGAUCAAGCGCGCGUACUACGCGUGCAUGAAGGCGUGCCACCCGGAUCUCAGCAACAACCACCCCGACAGCGUCACCUUCUGCUCCUUCGUCAACGAGGUCUACGAGGUACUGAGUGAUCCCGAGAUGCGGCUCGUGUAUGAUGAAAUUAAGGGUUAUUCGCUGACGUCGAUCAAUCCGUUCAUGGACACGCGGCACGAGAAAGACCAAGUGUUCGUCGACGAGUUCACGUGCAUUGGUUGCAAGAACUGUGCUAAUACCGCGGAGGAUACAUUCGAGAUUGAGGAGAUGUGGGGGCGAGCGCGCGUGUGCAACCAGGGCGGCAACGCCCCCUCCAAGGUCCAGGAGGCUGUUGAGACAUGCCCCGUGUCAUGCAUUCACUGGGUCACAUCACCACAGCUCGCUCUGCUGGAGGACGAGAUGAGGCGCAUGGAGCGAGUGAGCGUCGCCAUCAUGCAGGCGCAGAGCAGCCGCGGGGCUGAUGUGUUCAUGCAGGCGAAUUCCAGAUGGGAGAAGCGACGCAAUAAAGCGCUGUCCAAGGCAAAGGCGCAGGCAGCAAGGGACGGGAAGGCAGGCAAGUACAACAAGCCGCUGUGGGAGACCAUGGGGGAGGCCAUGGGGAUGGGCGGGGAGCGAUCAUCCUGGAAAGGGGACGGGGAAGGUGUUUAUGAUAAGGCUGCUAGCGGUGCUCCUAUCAACCAGGAGAAAGUCAGGCGGGCGGCAGCUGCGGCUAGGAGGUGGAGGGAGUAUUCGAGACAGGGGGUGGAUCGGAGGAGGAGGAUGUUCCUUGCUGCUGAGUCAGGGGGGUCAGAUGAAAGCGCUGGGGAGGAGGAAGGAGGCGAAGAGAAAGUGGAGAAGGGGAAGGGGAAGCAGGCAGAGGAGAGGGACAGGGAGCCUGUUGCUUUGUAG